CUGGGCGCGGAAGUGAGGGCGGGCUGUCGUGUUUCAGGCCGCCGAACAUUCUUGCAGACCUCACCUGCACGACACACAAGCUUCUCGCUCCCUUCCAAGGGUUGUGUAAUAAUUCGAUACGAGAUGCAGCCGGUAUACGACGCGCAUGCGGGCCUCUGCGGCUUGCCACUGCGCAGCUUGCCAGCUCGCCGCGCACUUUGACCAAGACACGAGCAGCCCCCCAACAAUACGCCGACGCCAGAUGGCAACAGCGCGAGGUAAAUACCAAGUGCUGCUCGUGUGCAUGACUCUGCUACACGAUUGCCAGUCUCAAAUGCUCGGCGUUGCUGUCAUUUCCCGGCUGUUCUUGUCUCGGAUACCAAGCGCUGUCGUUGUUUCAGUCGCUUUCCCGUCUGUCAACCUCGCCCUCUCGGACUUGAUUUUGCGCAUUUAUUCAACGAGGCUGUGCAGCAGCAGGGCGAACGCGCAACUGUGCUCCAACAAGACUCUUGUCAAGAAGGCGUUGUUGUCAGCUAUUGGGAGGCUGCCCCUGACCAAGGCUGGGCGUAUGCAAAGCGCGCCGCUCACCAUUCAUACCCGGGCCUUGGCCGCUUGGCCUGACCUCCCGCUGCGAUUGCUGCCGCCACCCGCCAACACCGCAGGACUUGGCUUGGAGCCCGCCAGGCAAGACGAUAAGGGUUGGCAGUUCCACAUGUAGGAUGUCGGGGCCUACCAAGACAUUGGGGCUUCUGCUUCAAAUAACUUUACUCCCGGACUCCGUUUUCUCUCUUUCAAUGCCUUUUGUUUGACCGUCUUCAACCAAACCCGUUCCUCUUUACCAGUCACUCGUUA